AUGGGAGUGCUAACUUGGAACCAUCUAUUUGUUGGGAGCUUUGUGGAGGCCAAUGGAGCAUCCCGUACAGUGUUCAUCUCCCUUCUGAUUCCAUGUUGCCUGACUCUGGAUUUCAGUGCCCCACCUCUUAUCCCAAAUAUGCCUUUCCUCUGGGCCUGGAAUGCUCCAACUGAAGCUUGUACUGGAAAGUUUGAUGAGCCGCUAGAUAUGAGCCUCUUCUCUUUAAUAGGAAGUCCCAAGAAAGGUAUCACAGGGCAAGGUGUUACAAUAUUUUAUACGGACAGACUUGGCUACUAUCCACACAUAGAUAAGACAGACACAAGUGUGCAUGGAGGAAUCCCCCAGCUGGGGUCCUUACAAAAGCAUUUGGAAAAAGCUAGGAAAGACAUUUUGUUUUACAUACCAGUAGACAACAUGGGCUUGGCUGUCAUUGACUGGGAAGACUGGAGGCCCACCUGGGAAAGAAACUGGUCACCUAAGACUAUCUAUAGGAAAAAGUCCAUUGAGCUGGUUCAGCAACAAAAUUUACGACUUAAUAACACAGAAGCCACUAAGAUCGCCAAAAAAGAGUUUGAAACGGCAGGAAAGAAAUUCAUGGAAGAGACUUUAAAACUGGCAAAGUCGAUUCGGCCAAAUCAUUUCUGGGGUUUUUAUCUUUUCCCUGAUUGUUACAACCAUAAUUACAAAAAAUCCCAUUACACUGGAGCUUGCCCUGACAUAGAAAAGAAAAGGAAUGAUGAUCUGCACUGGUUGUGGAAGGAAAGCACUGCCCUUUACCCAUCCAUUUAUUUGAACAGCAACUUGCAGUCAUCCUCGCUAGCUGCACUCUUUGCCCGUCAUCGUGUGCAAGAAGCCAUUAGGGUUUCUAAAAUGAUUAAUGCUAAAAACCCACUUCCGGUUUUUGUAUAUACCCGCCUGGUUUUUACUGAUCUUACUUUGCAAUUCCUUUCUCAGGUUGACCUUGUGAAUACAGUUGGCGAGACCAUUGCUCUGGGAGCCUCUGGAAUGGUAAUAUGGGGAACUCUUAGUUUAGCACGGAGUAUGAAGUCUUGCUUGAACCUACAAGAUUACAUGAAGAUUACACUGAAUCCUUACUUAAUUAAUGUAACCCUAGCAGCCAAAAUGUGCAGCCAAGUACUCUGCAGGGAGAAAGGAGUGUGUAUUAGGAAAAACUGGAAUUCAGAUGACUAUCUUCACCUCAAUCCAAGUAACCUUGCUAUUCAAAUUGGGCAAAAUGGAAAGUACAUAAUACAUGGGAAACCUACACUUGAAGAUCUACAGCAUUUUUCUGAAAAAUUUCAUUGCAGCUGUUAUACCGACUUGAACUGUGAACAGAAAUCUGAUUUAGAUACCAUUAAGACUAUUAAUGUGUGUGCUGUUGAAGACGUUUGUAUAGACACCUCGCUAAACCCAGAGCCCAGUAAUAGGCUUCCCCUUUGGAACAGGGCAGUACUUCCAAAAAUGAGAAGAAGCAGUGAACCCUUCGCCACAUCUGCUGCAACAGUGUCUCCAUGGGUUCCUAGAAACGAUGUCAGUGGAGGACUCUUAAUUCUAUACAUGUAUUCACAGCAUUUGAAAUAUUUGGCAUAG